CUUCAAUUCCGUUGUUUGUUUCAAUUAUCUCUGUCAUUCUCCCUUCCCUCUCCACUCAAACAACUUUUUUGUUUCUUUAUUGAAAACUCAAAACAACUUUUUUGUUUCUUUAUUGAAAAUUGGACGCUUUGUGAACAGAGGUAUGAACUAUGAAGUGGGAGACUCCACACCAUUAUUUAAAUCCUCCAAUUAACUCCCCCACUAGCAGGCGAUUUAGAGAGAGAAAAAAAAAAAAAAAAAACUUAGAGAGAGAAAGAGAUGUGCUGCAGCUAUAGAUUAAUCUCAGGAAGCGACUCUCGCUUCUCUCUCCUCCCAACACAACCCACCCUCCUCCACGCUCGCACCUCCACGCCCGACCCAUUUCUCCGCCUUUCCUUCCCCACCCAUUUCCCCAAAUCUUCUACACUUUCGGUCCUGACCCGGGUCGGAUCUGUCAGGACCAAGGCCGCAAUCAAUGACGGGUUCGUCACUGCGCUUGGGGAUGUAGACAUGAUGAGCUUUUACGAGCUUCUGGGGAUCUCCGAGACGGGGACGAUGGUGGAGAUCAAGCAAGCGUACAAGCAGUUGGCCCGGAAGUAUCACCCGGACGUGUCGCCUCCGGGUCGGGUCGAGGAGUACACGCGGGCGUUUAUUCGGGUGCAGGAGGCCUACGAGACGUUGUCGGAUCCGAGAAGUCGGGCUUUGUAUGACAGAGACAUGGCAAAGGGGCUUCACCUCGCCUUCUCCGCUCGAAGGCGUUACCAAAGUGAUGAGGCAAUAGAGGAGAGAAGCACGUGGAAGAACUGUUGGCAGGCUCAGCUAUCAGAGUUGAAGAGAAGAAGCAUGAACAAGGACACCAGAGGAAAAAUGUCAUGGGGAGCACGGAUGCGCAGGCAAAGAAAUGAGUCCAACUGAUCCAUCCUGGCUAGACAAUGAAUUGGUGUCCAAUGUUUGUGAAUGAAACACAUGCCUUUCCUGGCUCUAAUAUUUUCACACAUCCAGACAUCCUUGCCCUGAUGGUUCCUUUGGUUUGGCAGAUCCUGGCUAGACAAUGAAUUGUUUUUCCAAUGUUUGUGAAUAAAAACAUGCCUGUCCUUGCUCUCAUCAUUUCACAACCCUCGACCUUACUUUGAAAUGAGAGGAAAUACCAUUAGGUUACAGGUUUUGAUGGUGAAUGUCGGUUAAACUAUAACAUGUUUUUUUUCCCCCUUCAAAUAUCUUGGUUUAUUUUAAUUUUGGUAGUGGCACAUAUGGUGUAAAUAGAUAGAUAUAGAAGAGAGAGGGUCCAAUUGGUCUCCUUUGCUCUUCAUAACUUUUUACUGAUGUCAAGUAAAUGUCAACUAUUAUUAAUUUAUUAGCCUCCAACACACAACAAUAAUAAA